AUGAAAGCCUUCGUCACCAGUUUGCCUCUUGCAACGGCUCUUGCUGGUUUCAGCUUUUGCACCGGCCAGACCAUAUACACGGAGUACAGGGUGACUCACGAGCCACCUGGACUGAAUUUCGACGGCCAAGUCAAAACGUGGACCUCGACGUGCCAAACACUGGUUGGACAACCGACGGUAGCACUGAUGCAGUACGCUCAUGUGGAUGGCGGCAUAUACGCUUUUUGCAACACUGGAGCGCCAGCUUACUCGGAGUAUGGGCCCGCUACGGUGAAUUUCCUCAAGGGCCAGUACCCUGGUUGGAAAUUCGAAGUGACCUCGGAUUGA